AUGGCCAAUCCGCCCAAUCGAAGCUUGCUGACACCACAGAGAGGAGGACAGCAGCCACAGGCUUCAUCACCAGCAAGGAACCACUCCAUAACAACAACAACCAUAGGAGCUUCUGGAUCGGGAUCAUCGGAUCCACCACAACACAUUCCGAAUGUAACUCCACAACGGCCCUAUGGUCUGAACUCUCCUGCAGCUUUAAUCAAUAGCCGUAAAGGCGUACCUAAUGCUGUGUUGAAUCUAGUUACAACAAUUUGUGCAAGAUUUGUGAAUGAGAUGGAGGAAGAACAUGAUGAUUUUUUCGAAAGCACACAAAAGCAAAUUAAUGCUUUAAAUGCCUUAUCGGCUUUUAUCGAAUAUUAUGAGGACAUGUAUCAAGACAAUACUGCUCAUCCACUUCUCGAUUUGAGAGAAGACUUUGGUGUAGGAGCAGUGCUGGAGUGUGUGCCAGAGGAUUUUGUCGAUGAAAUCACUCAACAAUAUUUAAUGAAAUAUAUCAUGAGUCAAAGGGACAACAAUAAUACCAACACAGAACUUAACACCCCUGAAAAACGACAAUUAUUAAUUGCAGCUUUGAGAGUUUUAGCGUGUGUCAAUCCUUCCACGUAUGAUCAGUCACCCUUGUUGUUGGACGAGGUAAUGACUUUUUUUUCGAAAGAAAUUAAGGAAUUUUUAGGAAAAGAUGAUAAAUCAAACACUUCAUCUGAUUUUGAGUUCAACUAUUCUAAAUAUGUAUAUUGUCUAGGGUUAAUGGCAUGCGUCAUGAGAAGCUCAACAGAUGGAACUUCCUAUUACAUCCAAGAUGGACUUCCUCAAAUUAUAAUAACCAGAUUUAAAUCAAAGAUAUCUUCAAUACCCAAAAAACCCAAGAAGAAAUCUCCAGAUACUAACUUAUUUACCCCCGAUUUUUCGUAUAACAUUGGAAAUAACUCAAUACAAGAAUUAGAAUACCUAGAGCUCAGAUUUUUGGCCUCGAAUUUAAGUUUAUUGGGCGAAUACUUAGAAGUCAUCCCUCACGUCAUGCAUGCUGGUGGUGGCUCUUUAAUUCUACCUCUACUCAAGUCUAAAGACAAAUUCCUCAUGUCAGAUGGAUUGAAAAUUGCAGAUUCCUUACUUGCUCACACCUCGUUUGCUCAAAAUUUUGUUGAAAAAGGUUGCCUAGUAGCAUUAUUGAAACUUCCAAACAUCACCUAUUUGGCAGGAGGUUUGUCUUUGUGCCUCUCGAGUAUUGCCACUUAUCCAGAAAUUAUGGACAAGGUGUGCAAAAACACGGCCGUUGCGGAAAAAAUAACAGAGUUGGGACUCUCAUUUGUAAGAUCCAACCAUACAGAGCUGAGAAGACAUGGUUGUCACUUUUUUCAAAACACUUUGGCCUAUUCGACCGUCGUAGCUCGAUUUGAUAAGGAAAUGGGUUUGAAUAUGUUGUUGUCCAUUCUCAAAAUUGUAUUGAUCGAAGAUGUUAAAGAAGAUCCCUCACUAACGAGACAACUGCUUACGGCUGCAUGUCAAGCUUUGCGAUCAUACCUUCAGUAUCAUGUCAUUAAUUUUGGAUUUAAUUUGCAAAAGAAAGCCACCAAAAAAAAGAAGCUGAAAUAUAUGGAUUUUCAAAAUAAGAAUUUUACAAACAGAGUGGCACUAGAACCCUUUAAAAAGAAUAUAUCAGUCUUAAUGAAAGCAUUCCAAGAACAAAUAUUUAAUCCUGUCGUGAAAAUUGUAAAUAAUUAUGGUCUAGCCCCCAUAUUAGAAAUAUUUAAUAAGAGCAAUUAUGUUUGGAUGGACAACACUCUUUCUUUCACAAUUUUGGAGAUUUUGGAAUUAAUUUCUCUUUCUCCGUUUUCACACAUUCCAAUUGCAGAGACUGAAGUAUUAAGCGGUAGAUCUGGUCUUUCAUUACUUUUGGGAAGCUCCACUGUAGAAAAUGAACCUAUAAUUAUAGAGGCUGCUCUUAGAACGAUUCAUAACAUGUUCUUUACACAUUCCAAAAUUGCAUCAGUCUUGUUACCAAUAAGAAAAACACUAUUUGAAUUAUUCCGUAAAAACGAUGGUAUUCGAGUAUUACUUGACGAUUUACAAAAUUAUGACGAUCCUAACAAUAUGAACCAAGUACGAACACUGUGUUGUGGUAUUUUAAUAGGACUUUCAGAUGAGCCAUCUAUUAACCAAAUCCUUUUUAAAGUAGAGCUGGGUCAGUUGUUGACAGACAUUAUGAAAGACAAACAGCAUAACGAAGAACAGUCGGAGUCAUUCAGCGAAUUGAAGGAAGUGGUGUUGAAGCUGCUUGAAAAAGUCACAGGAAGAGAAUCAAAGACAGUUAUUAGAGAGGCCAAAGAUCACACUCUCGUUCGUUUGGAGAAGGCCAGUAUAGUGGCCAACACUCAUAUCACAUACAAACAAGACGAACUCUUACAAAUCAUUCACGAAUAUUUGAAAGAUAAGGGUCUUUCUAAAACGGCCGAGUCGCUACUUUCAGAAGCAAAAAUUACUCCUCAAAACACAAUUUUAUCUCCAUUUGUUCCAAAACCAAAACCUGUACUUGAUAGAAUAGUUGUCAAUUAUUUGAGACAACAACACAGAGAAUGUGAAGAUCCUAUUUCAGUGUUGCCUGAAUUUUCUUUGUUCCACAAGCAUUCCUGCCCAAAACCAGGAAACUCUUUGAAGAGUGCAAAAUGUAUUACAAAAAGAUUGAACAUGUCCAGAAUAUGCAACAAGCCUCAAUAUCUGGGAUUUGAUUUUCACAAGAAGAAUCGAAAACAUAUUUAUUCACGGCUAUCAUAUUCUCGUCCAUUAAUCACACAGACAGACAGUAUCACUUCCAUAUCUUUCGGACCAGACAGUUCCAACCUCUAUUUUUCAGGUGAAGAAGGUGACAUUUAUGUCUGUGACACAAAAAGUGGAGAUGUGGAUUCAUACAAAAUUAUGGAAUAUGGACCUGUUCGUGGAAUUCAAUUCUCUACCGAUCGCUUAAUUGAACCAAGAAUGUUGGCAUGGGGAGAAAAUUCAAGUUUACUUUACAGCGUUUCAAAUUUAACCAAACCAAUUUUUGAGUUUAAAGAUUGCUUUGCUUCCAUGUUCAGCAAUGGAAACGAUUUGGUUGUAACCUCAAGUUUUAACACCACUCAAAUAUACAACUUGGCAAUGCAAGAGAAAAUUGCUGAGUUGACAGAUUCCACUGAAGAGAAUAAUACUGUUGCAUGUUUUAGCCCAUAUGACGAUUUGAUACUUACGAAUGCGAGCCUUUGGGAUUUUAGAUCUCACAUUCCUAAGGCUGUUCACCGAUUUGAUCGUCUUUCACAAGUAUAUGUGAAUGUUUUUAAUCCAAAUGGCUUGGAAGUCAUCAUCAAUAGUGAGAUUUGGGAUUUACGAAUGUUAAAACUUCUCUCUACGUGCGCUCCGCUCCGUGAUGCCAAGUAUGUGAAAUUUAGUAGUGAUAAGGAAGUCAUGUUUGUAGGUUACAAUGAUUAUUCUUCAGGAAACAUCCACGAUACCAAUGCAAACACAUUCAAGAUUGUCGAUUCAUCUUCGUAUCAGCUCCUUGCUACUCAUACAUUCGAUAAGAAUAGCACCAUUGUGGAUUUUGCAAUAGAUCCUGUAUACAAUCAAUUUGGAUUGGUGACAAACAAUGCCGCUAAAAACCUUAAUCAUGUGAAACUGUAUGAAUUUGGAAAAUCAAGAAGAGAUGCCUCCUACGACGAAGAUGAAAAUGAAUUUAUUGAGGAAGAGGACAAUGAAGAACACGAAGGAGAUGAAGACCAAGACGAUUUAUUUGACCAUCCUCUAUUCCAUGACGAUGACUACAUGUCAGACGAUGAUGAAAGUAUUAUUGUUUUGGAUGCUGAAGAUGAUAUUGUCAUUGACGAUUUUGAUGAAGAAAUGGACGAUUUAGAAGAUGAAGAUGAUGAGGAAGACGAUGACGAAGGUGAUGAACACAUUGUUAUUGAACUCGAUGAUGAUAGUGACGAUGAAUAA